AAGGGCAUAUUAGUCACUCAAUGAAACAGAAAUAUUGAGUAAGCUUUUGCCCUAUUUGGUGCGAAUUUGCACCUGCAAAAGCAUCCACACUUAGCAAGAAACUACUACGUCUUGUAUGGCAUUUAGGAAAUCCCUAUUCCCCACAUCCUUCUCUCUCUCACUAUAGGUAGACAAAGACAGAAAGAGCUAUUAAAGAAGAAGAGAAGUAGCAGAGAGAACUCUAUGAGCAAAGUUUCUUAGGGAUAUAUUAGAAAUUUUUUUCAUAAAGCUGAACUAGCCGGAGUGAGUUCCAAAGCCAGGUUGUGCAAUGGGGAGAGGAAAGAUUGAGAUCAAGCGGAUUGAGAACACUACAAACCGUCAAGUCACCUUCUGCAAGAGGAGAAAUGGUCUUUUAAAGAAAGCCUAUGAACUGUCUGUCCUAUGUGAAGCCGAAGUGGCUCUGAUCGUCUUCUCCAGUCGUGGGCGGCUUUAUGAGUAUGCAAACAACAGCACAAAAUCAACCAUAGAGAGGUAUAAGAAGGCAUGCAAUGAUGGCUCAGGAACAAGCUCUAUUGAAGAAACAAAUGCUCAAUAUUAUCAGCAAGAAUCUGCAAAACUGAGGCAACUCAUUCAAAAUAUGCAGAACUCUAACAGGCACUUACUGGGUGAGGGAUUAAGUUCUCUUAAUAUCAAAGAGAUGAAACAAUUGGAGAGCAGGAUUGAACGAGGACUCACUAGAAUCAGGUCAAAGAAGCAUGAAAUGCUGCUGGCUGAAAUUGAAUAUUCUCAGAAAAGGGUGAUGGAGCUUGAAAAUGAAAGUGUUUAUCUUCAAGCAAAGAUAGCGGAAGUUGAAAGGCUUCAGCACGUAAACUUGAAUAUGUCUGGAUCAGAGCUCAGUGCAAUUCAGGCAUUAUCUUGCAAUUUCUUUACUCCACUUGUAGUUGAGGGUAGCACUUCCUACUCACAACCUGAACAGAAGAUACUUCGUCUGGGGUAAACUGUUCAACACUAAAUCUGCAAGUGAGAUCAUAUUAUAUAAUGCCUAAAUAAAGAUCUCACUAUCUACUAUCUUAUUAAGUUAUUUGCCAUUGAAUCAUUGUGACUUCUUGUUAUGUAGCGUCCAACAUUUCUUUCUAUAUGAUAAUUUGCACUUAGCUUUGCCUAACAGUAUAAGAUAUGGUUAUAUUUUUAUUAAGGAGUAUAAUAUCAAUGACUAGAUUAAUGCCAAGUGUAUUUACUGUUGAAUGCCAAGAGUAUAAUAUCAAUGACUAGAUUAGUUUACUUUU